GGUCUCCGCGCGCCGCUCGCUGGGGUAGCGCGGCCCUUAGGAGCUGGAGGAGCUGCUCCCGCCUCGGGAGGCCUCCCGCCGUGCCCCGGGGUAUGGCGUGACUCUCUUUUGCCGCUUCGUUCCCUGCUGCACGCAGCCCAGGGAUCCGCAGGAACGCGCCCUUCCGAGCCGCGGGGCAGGAGCGCCUGGGGAGCCGGGUGUCUCCGGUGUCUGUGUCACUAGUGCGCCUUGCCGCCCUUGCGCAGGAAGCAGUCCCUAACGAAACUAUAGGGGUUUAGUUUCCGAUAGUAAUCUGAGCCCGCGUAGCCGAAAGUCUUGUGGUUUUGGCGGCUUUAUGGUCCUGGUUUUGUGGAAUCUGCAAGGAUAAAGCGUGGUUGUGGUGCUUGAGCGUGUUUUUUUGUUUUUUUUGUUUUUUUGUUUUUUUUCCCAGGUUAACCAAGAGUAAAAACUUACACUUUCAUGCUUUGCUUUCUUUCUCUCGCAGGCUAAAAAAAUAAACAGUUGAAGUCCUCUUUAUGAAACUGAUCCUCGGUCAAGUGUAACUUUUGAUGUAUGGUCUCUAAAGCCCCCCACUAUGCCAGCAGCUACCGUAGACCAUAGCCAAAGAAUCUGUGAAGUUUGGGCUUGUAACUUGGAUGAAGAGAUGAAGAAAAUCCGUCAAGUUAUACGGAAGUAUAACUAUGUAGCUAUGGACACAGAAUUUCCAGGAGUAGUUGCAAGGCCUAUUGGAGAAUUCAGAAGCAACGCAGACUAUCAGUACCAACUCUUACGCUGCAAUGUCGACUUGCUAAAAAUAAUUCAGCUAGGACUGACGUUUAUGAAUGAGCAAGGAGAAUACCCUCCAGGAACUUCGACUUGGCAAUUUAAUUUUAAAUUUAACUUAACGGAAGAUAUGUAUGCUCAGGACUCUAUUGAACUGUUGACGACAUCUGGUAUCCAGUUUAAAAAGCAUGAAGAAGAAGGAAUUGAGACACAGUACUUUGCAGAACUGCUCAUGACAUCAGGAGUUGUACUGUGUGAAGGAGUCAAGUGGCUUUCCUUUCAUAGUGGAUAUGACUUUGGCUAUCUGAUCAAGAUCCUGACAAACUCCAAUUUACCCGAGGAAGAGCUGGACUUCUUUGAGAUACUGCGAUUGUUUUUCCCUGUCAUCUAUGAUGUAAAAUAUCUCAUGAAGAGCUGCAAAAAUCUGAAGUCCACUAAAGGACUGCAGUCAUCUAGGCAGAGGUACUUGCGAGAAGAUGUGGAAGUGUCUUGGGAAAAGAAACGAAGUGAAGAAUGUUUCAGAUGGCCCUGUAAGCAAAGAUAAACAACAACAUAUGUUGAGGGGCAACAUGUGACUCGUAGAAAAAAAAUGAACUAGAAACUAAUCUCUUGUCAGGUCAGUGGGGCUACUAAUUGGCUUACUCUAUCAAGCAUAAAAUUUGGAUACCUUAUUGGACUGGAGAUCGAGUGGGAACUGGAGCUGUGUGUGACGGGGAAGACAGCAAGUGAAAGAUAGAUACUAAAGGCAUUGUUAACAGCUUUGCUUGCCAAAGAGCUGUUAUGAGUCGGGACUGCUGCUGGAGUGAGGAGCAUCACUCAUCUGAGGCAAUUGAUGAUUUGUUGCUUUUAUGGAAAAUAAUUUAACUCUCUAGGAUGUCUUAAUGAAAACCUGCAGAAAGAAGAGAACACUCACCUUAGUAACAUCAAAUACUAACCAAGGAAUGGCUUGCCAGUUCAUUGUGCUGAGCUACUGAUCUGUGUACUGUUUAUAGUCUUCUGUUUCUUUGAGAUGAGUGAAUGUGUCACUUUAAGUAGUAUCCUACUUUUGUGGGAAGUAAAUUGUGUGAAUCCUUUGUUCAUCAAAUUAAUGUUGAAAAUGUAGAUCACCCUUCCAGUUAGUAAGAGAAGUAUAGUUACCUGUGUUCAUAUACAAUUGUUAUUGAUAUAAUCAUCUAGGUAAAUGGCUGUGUAUUAGGGAACAUCUUAGAAAUACCUCUUCUCCACAGAGGCCAGGAAUAAAAAUUAAUUGCUUGUAAGCUUCAGGAGUCUUAAAUUAGGGGUGGGAGGAGAGCCCACCCCAGAAGAUUCUUGUUUUCUCACUCCCAGUGAAGCAAAGUAGAGCAUCUGGUGCCUAUCUGGUGACACACUUUGCAAGAACAGAAUGUAUAUUCUGAAUUUAGAGACAUAGAAAAGGUGACAAAUUGAUGUUCCAUGUCACCAUUCAGAGGUGACAUUCCCAGUGGGCUUGGAAAAGAGGGUAUUGUAGUUUCUGGCAUAAUUAAGGCACAGUUGUGUGUAACCUGCAUUGUUUAGAGACACUGAAAUUUUUUGGGAGACGAGAGAAACCUUCACAGGUCGUAUUUUCGCAAACCAAAAGAACAAGGUUGAUUAUUUUUUUUUUUUCCCAGAGCUGAAUAUGUAGGUCAGCUUUCCUGCAGUAAAUUUUGAUCCACUCACCUAAGGUGCAGACUGAUAGUGACAGCAGGGGAAGGCAAAUGCACUAUCAUAUCCCCCCUAAUUUACCAGUGAUGAAAUGAUGGUGGACUUAAACUGUACUGAGAGAAGUAGCUUGAAAGAAAUUACUAAACAUUUAGUGUUGUGACUCUAAAAAUGCAUGUGCUGUCUCCUAAUGUGUGUCACUUUUGAUCUUUAUUAAAUUGCAGUGA